GAUUGAAUACAUCCCUUGACUAUACAUUAUAAUAUCCGCUACAUGAUACAUCUUUUUGUCAAAAUGGAAAAAUUAACAGAGUUAUCUAUUGCGCAUCCAGGGAAUCGAACCCUGGUCAGUACCGUGGGAGGGUACUAUGAUACCACUACACCAGAUGCGCUGUCUUGUCUCCUAAUUUUCUUUAUAUAAAUUUAUAACUAUUUCUAUUUUCCACCUCAUCAAAUUCACCUUCAUUUUCAAAACAUCGUGCAAAAGUUUGUAAUCUCCUCUCUAAUCGAAUUGACCCAUCCAUCCCCACGAUCUUGGUCAUCUUCUGAACCCCUAAUCGGAUCGGUAAAAGCCAUGGACAAGAGCAUCAGCAUCACCUCCUCCAACGUUACCACCACGACGACUUCAAUGGAGAAGAUCGAUCACGCGGCUAGCUGGAUCAGCGCCACCGUCAUCUCCGCUUUUUUCACCUCUCUCGAACGUUGCGCAUGCGUCAAUCUCUCCACCUCUCAUGAUGAUGAAGACGACGACGACGACGAGGAGGCUCACCACCGUCCCCUCGCCCUCUCCGCCGCUCCUUACCAAAACGAUAUCGUUUAGCUCUGUUUUUUAUUUUAACCGCUGGUAAAUUUUACCUCCUCUCGUGUUUCUUUUGCUAAAUUCAAUUUGGUGUGGAUUUUGUAAUUUUCUUGAUUUUUAAUUCAUACGUUAAAGUGUGUAAUCCUAUUGAAUUUUUCAGACAUUUUGUUCUGUAAAAUGCUUGAAUGAGAAUUUGAUCAAUUCACGUGUUAAUUAUCUGA